UGCACUCGCAUAGCUAAAUUAUCGUUUGGACUCACCGAAAAGGCAAUCUAGCAUUUUAGUCUUUUUUAUCUAAGAGUUAUAUUAUUAGUAUUCAUUAUUUUUUAUAAUUUUUAAAGUUUAGAAAAUGGCAACAGACAAUUUAUCGGUGGUACUGAAAGGCAAAGGAGAAAUUUGUUUGGAAAAUCGGAAAGUGCCACAACCGUUGCCUAAUGAGGUUUUGAUCGCCAUUCAUGCCGUGGGAAUCUGUGGCAGCGAUCUUCACAUGUUUAGAGAUGGGAAACUCGGAGAGUUGCUCGUCACGGAUUCUUUUGUUCUGGGACACGAAGCCAGCGGCACCGUUGUCAGGGCUGGAAAUGAAGUGAAACAUUUAAAAUCAGGAGAUCGAAUUUGCAUUGAACCUGCAGUGCCUUGCAGAAAGUGCGAAUUUUGUCUAGGAGGCCGAUACAAUCUUUGCCUAGUCAACAAAUACGACCACACACCCAUUGGUGAUGGAUCCAUGUGCCGAUAUUUUUGUUUUGACGCAGAUUUUUGCCACAAAUUGCCCGACAACGUGACACUGGACGAAGGAGCUUUGAUGGAGCCUCUCUCAGUGGCAGUCCACGCAUGCAGGAGAGCAGCGCUCGGAGCGGGGAAGUCGGUGCUCAUAUGCGGAGCUGGGCCCAUUGGACUGAUCAAUUUUCUAACCUGCAAAGCCAUAGGAGUAACUAAUAUAUGCAUUACAGAUAUAUCUGAAAGUCGACUAGAAGUUGCUAAAAAAAUUGGUGCUAUAAACCAGGUAAAUGUAAAAAACGUGGAUACUAAAGAUGCCAUUGCACAAAUUAAGUCCAAAUUGAGUGGAUGUCCUGAUGUUACUCUCGAAUGCAGUGGUGCUGAUUCUAGUGUGAGGCUUGCCAUUUUGAUCACAAAGUCCGGUGGUGUUGUCAUGUGCGUUGGCCUAGGAUCCCCAGAAAUGAAAAUCCCGAUCAUGGAGGCAAGCGUCCGAGAAGUGGACAUCAAAGGAGUUUUCCGCUACCUCAACUGCUUUCCCAUUGCUUUGGAAUUAAUCUCCAGCGGUGCGAUAGAUGUAAAGCCACUGAUCACUCAUCACUUCAGCUUGGAAGAAAUUCAUAAAGCUUUCGAAACUGUGACGUCUAGCACUAGUGGAGCCAUCAAAGUUUUGAUCCACAGUACUUUUUAGGAAAAUAAUAUGCUAUGCAUGGGUCACUGUUACCCAACAAAAAUUUCUUUUUAAUAUCUUCAAAAAAUUUUCUUCUUAAAUAUAUUAUUGAGAUUCAAUACAACAUUACAUUUGAUAAAAUGACAAAUAACUUCCAUUGCUAAACAGAGAGUGUUAAUGAUAAAUGCCGUAAAACAAUAUUUUUAAUAGCAUAUUAUAUCCAUUUUCUUAUUCAUGGCUCUUUAGAAGUGAUAUGCGAUUGCAGCUGUCAGAUACAGAACUUAAUAUCAGACAUGAUAAGUUUCAGAAUAACUUAUUCUUAAAGAGUUUAUCAAAUGUUAUAUACUUUUCUGUGUUCUAAUUAAAAAAGUGACAUUACGAUGCAGGGAUUACUGUUAUCAAAUAAAAGAUCAGUAUUAUGACUGAUGUCGAGUUAUUUUCAUUCUAAAUAUCUGCGGAGAUUAAAUUUUAAAAUAGUGCUUCUACUUCUUGUUUCAGCAGUAUAUCUCUGAAACACUGAAAAAUGUUAAUAAUAAGAAAAUGUCUUACAGUAAAAAGUUUAUUAACCUUUGAAAAAUGACAAAAUUGUAACAUUUAGAUCAAACACAAAAUACAAAAAGAUGCACAUUUGACAUUUGGGCAGUGCAGUUAAUUACAUAAUGUCAUGAACUAGGGCGUUAAAAUUUUUUUGCAACAACUCUCAAAAUAAAAUGGUAGAAAGGACAGGCGAUCAUUGAUGACUUAUCAAAGGAUUAUGAGCUGUUACGUUAAAUAGAAAUUGACGAAAUUGAACCAGUGGUUGAGGAUGGGUAUUUUCAUUCCUCUGGGUGGUUUUCAUUCUAUGUGACAGCAAUGAGACAGUAAGCUCUUGUAAAAGUGAAUGGUUUUGGGUUUUCCAAUAGAAAUGCGAGCGAUUUUUCUUACCUCUCCUCUACGGCAUGGGAGGUCAGUAGUCCCUAGGAUAAGGGGUUGUGGAACUUGCGCUUAGUCGCAUAUGCGCUCACUCAUUAAAAAGUGUCUUUUGCGCUCACAUUGUAAGUUUACUGGGACUUAAUUACCUUUGGCAGGAAAAUGUGGAGUGCAUCUAGAGGGGCUAUAGAGAAUGCACAUUUCUCUUAUUUAUAUAAGAAUGAUUGCUUAUUGAGGAUUCUUUUUCUUGAAAUAGUCACCUUUUUUUCUCACAGUAAAACUAAUAAUUUCUCUUUAAGAACGUCAGAAACAUUUUUGAAAGUUUCUUUUAGAUUAGGUGCUCGGUGUGUUUGCUUUUUUUUUUCUCCGUUAUUUUGAUUUGAUUUUAAAUAUGAAUAACAGUAUUGAAGUUUUCGAAAUGUCAAAAGUCAAACCAUCAGCUGCGUUUAAGCGAUAUCAAUAUCGGAAAUAUUGGUGUAGCUUUGAAAAUGUAGUAACAUGACGCUGCAUUAACGAAAAGUCCGAAAAGUGUAAAGGGCUGCUGAAAAUAAAAGACAACUCUGAAAUGCCUCAUUCUUGUCAACCGGAUGAAGCUCAAUUGGACGUCAAGAAACAUUUAGUAAAAAUUAAAAGGAGAUUAUCAAGCAAUGUCCAAUUAUCAUCAAUAUUCGAAAUUUUUAACGAUGAAAAUAAAAUAAGGAUUAUAUUUAUAAUCUUUUCUUUCAAACUACUUUAUUUGUCUGGAUAUUAUACCUUGCAAAGCAUUAUUUAUGCUAAAUAUACUACUAUAUAUUCAUUAUUUAUACUAAAUAAUGAAAAAAAUCAUUUAAUCACGACCCUGAUUGUAUUAUAGUCAAAAAGAAUUUGAAAUAGUCUUCAAAAAGUUAGCACAAAAAAUAUAGAUAUAUAAAACAUUAGAAUAACAAACUUCUAUAGUAAUUGCUGUAGAUUUAAAAGUAUCAAAAAUUGUUAAUCUCAAUAGUUUCCAAUACAGCGUUUUAGUAGGAUUAAUAGUGUCUUAACAUUUAUUUAAAUCAGAUUUGCAAUGGAAAAGAAAUCGAAGUAAAACAAAAUGUGCAUAAGUCGAUUACUUCAAUCAUGGGAUUCCGCCAAUUAAAUGCCAGUUUUAUAUUAUUCAAUGUUACAUUUUUGUUACUUAAAAAAUAUUGACGAAAUAUGGUCAUGUACAAAGUUAAAAUAAAUACUUACAAAAUGAGCUUCAAUUAUGUCGAAAGUCAAUUUCAUAUUUAAAUAAGUAGUAUUAAGAGGCAAAAUAAACUCAUUGUUUUCCUUUCA